UAGAAAUCCUACGUUCGGCCAUUUUGUGACAUGGCGUAUCCAUGUGGUUUUUGAGUUCCCAUAAUUAGUGGUUUUUUAUAGUAAAACGCAGGGAUUUUUCAAUAAGUUUGUGUGAAAAAUGAAGCUGAACGUAUCGUAUCCUGCGACAGGAUGUCAAAAGCUGUUCGAAGUAGUGGACGAACACAAAAUUCGUAUAUUCUACGAAAAGCGCAUGGGUCAGGAGGUGGAGGCUGAUCCAUUAGGCGAAGAAUGGAAAGGAUAUGUCCUGAAAAUCGCUGGAGGAAACGACAAACAAGGUUUCCCAAUGAAACAGGGAGUGCUUACCAACAGCCGUGUUCGAUUGCUGUUGUCAAAAGGGCACUCCUGUUAUAGACCAAGACGCCAAGGUGAGCGCAAGAGGAAAUCGGUCCGCGGCUGCAUCGUAGACGGCAACUUGUCCGUCCUCGCCUUGAUCGUCAUCCGUAAAGGAGAGCAGGAAAUUCCCGGCCUUACCGACACCACUGUCCCUCGUCGUCUUGGACCUAAAAGGGCCUCCAACAUCCGCAAGCUGUUCAACCUUACCAAGGAUGACGAUGUGAGACAAUAUGUUGUCAAGCGUCCACUCCCAGUGAAGGAAGGCAAAAAGCAGCGCUACAAGGCCCCAAGAAUCCAACGCUUGGUAACCCCUGUGGUUGUGCAAAGAAAGCGCCACCGUUUGGCACUGAAGAAGAAGAGGUGCCUGAAACGCAAAGAGGAGGCCGACAACUACGCCAAGUUAUUGGCCCAGAGGAAAAAGGAGUCCAAAGCCAAGAAGGAGGAAGCGAAAAGGCGCCGUUCUGCCAGUAGCAGGGACAGUCGUUCGAGCAAAUAAAGAUUUGAUGACCGAUUGAUUAUUACUGAAACUUCAUUGCUUGUACAAACAAUGAGCUUUCAUCAAUAAUUUGUUUUUUUUCUACAUUUAUGUCGUGUAUUAAGAAAUAUAAAUCAAAUUGAGUCUUUAUAUA